AUGAUGUCUUAUCUUAAGCAACCGCCUUACGCAGUCAAUGGGCUGAGUCUGACCACUUCGGGCAUGGACUUGCUGCACCCCUCGGUGGGCUACCCGGCCACCCCUCGGAAACAGCGGCGGGAGAGGACGACGUUCACCCGGGCGCAGCUAGACGUGCUGGAAGCGUUAUUUGCGAAGACCCGAUACCCAGAUAUCUUCAUGCGGGAGGAGGUGGCGCUGAAAAUCAACUUGCCCGAGUCCAGGGUGCAGGUGUGGUUUAAGAAUCGAAGAGCUAAGUGCCGCCAACAGCAGCAGCAACAGCAGAAUGGAGGUCAAAACAAAGUGAGACCUGCCAAAAAGAAGACGUCUCCUGCUCGGGAAGUGAGUUCAGAGAGUGGAACAAGUGGCCAAUUCACUCCCCCCUCUAGCACCUCAGUCCCAGCCAUUUCCAGCAGCAGUGCUCCUGUGUCAAUCUGGAGCCCAGCUUCCAUCUCCCCACUGUCAGAUCCCUUGUCCACCUCCUCUUCCUGCAUGCAGAGGUCCUAUCCCAUGACCUAUACUCAGGCUUCAGGUUAUAGUCAAGGAUAUGCUGGCUCAACUUCCUACUUUGGGGGCAUGGACUGUGGAUCUUAUUUGACCCCUAUGCAUCACCAGCUUCCUGGACCAGGGACCACACUCAGUCCCAUGGGUACCAAUGCAGUCACCAGCCAUCUCAAUCAGUCCCCAGCUUCUCUUUCCACCCAGGGAUAUGGAGCUUCAAGCUUGGGUUUUAACUCAACCACUGAUUGCUUGGAUUAUAAGGACCAAACUGCCUCCUGGAAGCUUAACUUCAAUGCUGACUGCUUGGAUUAUAAAGAUCAGACAUCUUCGUGGAAAUUCCAGGUUUUGUGAGGACCUGCAGAACCUCUUUUUGUGGGUGAUUUUUAAAUAUACUGAGCUGGACAUUCCAGUUUUAGCCAGGCAUUGGUUAAAAGAGUUAGAUGGUAUGAUGCUCAGACUCAUCUUCUGAUCAAUGUCCCGGGAGGCAUAGAAGGAAAAAUGAAAGGCCUUAGAGGGGCCUGCCAACCAGCUACCUGAAAUGGACAAACCAUUUGAUACUUAAGAUCCUAUCAUAGUUUUAGAUCAUUGGUUUUACUGAUUUGCAAAGUGAUCGAAAGCAUUCUAGCCACAUGCAACCAAAUACCACCAAAAAUAAACAAAACAAAACUAAAUUGUGAGGGAAAGGAGGGAAGGACAUAGCCUUCUUAAGCAGAGGUGUUCCAAUGUCGUAGCCAAUCCUUGGUUGAAUCUUAGGAAUGGACAGUGUCUCAAGCUCACUCACGUUUCAUGACCAACUGGUAGUUGGCACUGAAAAACUUUUCAGGGCUGUGUGAAUUGUGCGACUGAUUGUCCUAGAUGCACUACUUUAUUUAAAAAAUAAUGUUCAUAAGGAGUCAAUAUGUAGUUUAAGAGACAAUCAGUGUGUGUCUUAUAUAAAUGGUACAUCUGUGGUUUUUAAUCUGUGCUAGACUUCAAAACUGUGAUCUCCUGUUAUUGUAUGCAAACUUGAACUCCACCUCUACAGGGGUUCUUCUGUGAUUAAAUAGGUUAUAAUUAUAAGUAAAUUCAGAGCAACUGAGUACUUAUCUAAAAAGAUUACCUUUGGCUGGA